AUGUUGCAAGUUGCAACCAAGAGAGCUAAAGAGUCCAUGCUCGAGCAAAAUGUCUUUCAGUUGCGCGAACUGCCGAUCCGGGAGUUGGUGAUAGCUUUGCUGGUCAAUUUUGACACUCAUGUUAAAGCCACGAAGGUGUCUAAGCAUGAAAUUACUGCUAAUGCAUACAAGCUGGGAUACUUGGACUGCAAGAACGGUGCUCCUCCUUGUUGCCCUCUCGAACAUGCGGAUGAAGUAGUUAAAGAUCAGGUGGCAGAUGAAGCUGCAAUGGAGGAAGACAACGCCAAAAGUGGUGCAGCUGAUGAGGUUAGGGCAUAUGCGGGGGCGCAGGCAGCUAGGGCUGCUAAGUAUAUGGUGCCAGUUGAUCAGAAUGAGGCUGUUGCCAAAGCAGUUGAUCAAGAGUUAGCUGAGGAUGUGAUCGGCUAA